AUGGGUACAAUAAUGGGUGAUGAAGAGUAUGAAUACGACAUGUUUGGUCUCAAGCACAUCGAUACAACUGAUGAAAAUGAUCAGUUGUAUUAUCUGGACACGUCCGACGAUACUCUUACAAUUCGCUUCUCACUCGAAACGCCCACGACUCAGAAUCUUCGGGACUACCUAGCACGAACUCUUCAUCCAAAAUACUUCAGAGAUGAGUACCUUGUCCAGAGGUCUCUCAAUGAGAUGACCCAUCAACAGCUCGUAAGACUCCAGGCACGACACUGGUCCACGAUUCCUCAACUCAAUGCUGCCCGCCCGUCGAGUGACCCAGAUACAUCCAGUGAGAUCGACAUGUCAACUGCUCGUAUGGUUGCAAUUAUUGCUGAAUGCAUUCAAUUCAGUAAUCGAGUUUUCGUCUACCAUGAGUGGUGCCCAUACAAGGCUGAACAUUGCCACAACCCCAUGUGCGAUGCUGUUAAUGAGAACUUGAAGAAGCCUGAUGGGUGGCCAUGUGUUAUCAUUGAGCCACUGAUUCAUGUUCGAACACUGAUUCUAGCAUCCGAUCUCAACAUUUGUGGACGCCAAAUCCUAUUGUUCAGGCGGGAUGAAUUGAUGUUCCGCGAGUACGGUUUCCACGUCCCAGAAACGGUCAACUCAGCCAGACUUCUAUGCUUCUGCAUCCCAUGUUUGGAAUUUCUAUGGAAGAAUAGAGUGAGGGCAUGGAAGCGUUUAGGUUACAGACCUCCACGCAACGUAGCUGGAGAUCCAUCCAUGGUACCUAGCCAGAUUGACGUACAGACCGAAAUCCGGGACCCGGAUGACUCUAUGUCAUCCAAACGAAGACGCCAUGAGCUCAAUUUGGAUGGUAAUACUAUCACGAACAUGGUUCCUAACGACGAUAUGCCCAACACCCCCGAUCUUCCACAACUUGAUGGGCCAACCGAGGGGCCAGCCAAUUACAAAAUUCCGGAUGAUGAUGUAAUGGAGUACGAGUAUACUACAACCCAGAGCGAUUCCACUGAAUCUAGCUCGUCAAUCCCAGCAUCAUAUCUUUCCGGCGAAGUGGAUCCUCCUGCCAGCUAUUUUCCAGUCUGGCACAGCGAUGUUCAGGAAAGUGCUUACAGAAUCUUUCCAAUGAGAAGGGGAUUCGGUAAAUAUGGGAAUCCAAACAUCGUACAAAUGUAUGAGACCGAAGAUGCACUUGUGAACAGCAUAUACAGGGUACCAAAUCCGGCCCCUUUGACAACACUCACAAUCAUGUCAAGUGUCUUAUCGCUUUCCCAACCUUCACCGGCAUCGCCUUUGCCAUCGGCAAACAAGGAAGCACCCCAAGCUUCUCCCGAUCGACUACGACCAAAGCACAUACUUCCUCCAUCGAAAGUCCCACCUCAUGUCAUUUGCUAUUGUAGACAGCCCGCAAGGGCUGAGGAGCCCGGCACCAAACCUGCCGACACGAGAAUCAUUACUUGCGCGUUUUCGACAUGCCCUAUCUCGCGAUUCCACUACACUUGUCUCACCAAAUCACAAAAGAUCUCUGCUUAUCACGGAAGGUGGACAUGCGAUGUUUGCGGGCAGCUCGGCGAGAUCGGUGGCAAUGCCGGUUCCAGCUUCAAACCCCUGUUCUCGAAGAAAUCGAAGGAAGAGAUCUUGAAGUUUGUUUCUGACCUGCAAUUUGGAGUUGAAGGUUCUGAGGAGGGUGGUAGCAGAAAGAAUAUCACUGCUGAUCCUUAUGGCCUUGCGACCAACAGACCGAUUAACGUCCCAGAGGUCGAGGAUGUUUAUGAUGAAGAGCAAAGGUCCAUUAAAGUGUACGAAGAUGAUGAGUAUGACGAGUACUAUAACUGGAAUGGAUAUGAGGAUAAUGGAUACGAGUAUUAUGAGGAUGCCGAAGUGUAUCCUGAGGAAUACUACAACGAAGAGAACAACGAAGAGAACAACGAAGAGAACCACGAAGAGGAGGAUGAAGAUGAAGGAAGCACGAUCAUCAUUGGAAGUGACGAUACAAUUUGA